UGGCAACGACUUCAUCAAGUCCGAUGUAUUUCCCUAUCGAAAGAAUAGGUACAUAUCCAAACUCACCUCCUCUGACCUUUCGCGCAUUCAUAAGAUGGAUGCAUACCUCGGCAUCGGCAGAAUGGGUAAACAGAUAAAACUGGUUACUUGUCUCACCACAAAUCAGACCACCUGUUGCAGGUAAGUAGAGACGCAAAGAAACAGGUGAGGACUAUAGAAGGUAGGAAUUGGGAGGCAGAUCUUUGUGCUCAAGAUAUAAGAACAAAGCUAUAUCAUUUUCAAGAAUGCUAAACCAUAGUCAAAUCUUCUUCCUGCAUCUAUCAAACCACAAUUGAAGCAUCAGCGACAACGACUAUCAUCACUGCAGUCAAUCCAAACAUCGAAAAGCCACAUACCAUCCUACAAACUACGAAGAAAGUAUAAAAUGAUAUUAUUUGAAACAGAUACCUCAGUUUUUGAACUGCUAUGGGAUCUCGCCCUGGCAUUCUUUAUUGUCCGCAUCGCAUUCAUAUAUUUUAUCCUCACAUAUCUAUCGUCUCUCUUCUCAUCGUUCAUUUUUCUGAAUCGAGUCAUGCCAUAUAACCAUCUCACGGCUCCAGCCAGAGAACUUAUCGCCUUUCCAAUAUAUAUCCUUACAGUGGCGUUGUGGGCGAGGACUGUGAUUGUAUAUUAUGAAAUACCGCGCGUGCCAGGAUUUAGGAUCGCGAUUGGUCUGGUCGCUGGAUUCUUUAUGGUGAUAGCGGAAUUAGUGGGGGGUUUCGUGUUAUGGGAAGAGGGAUACAAAGAAUGGAUUUGGGAGACGAAUUUACUUGGCGCGGGGCUAGGGAUGUUAUCAUUGAUACUAUUCGAGGGGAUGCCAUGGGUAUUGAUGCUGCUUGAAAGGAGUGAGAUGAACGAGACCACUCAUGGGCAUGAAGAAAAGCCAAUUAUAAGUGCUGUCCCAACGAUUGGAAAGACGGAGAAAGUGAAUAUUGAAGAUAAAAAGACGAAUUGAGGUUGAGAGAUAUGGCUAUACGCUGGAACGUCCUCAUGGGAGCAAGAUAUCUCGAAUUGGUUUACACUUAGUGAAGAUAAUCCCAAGUUGGGCCUGGAUUACGUCUACGCAAUCAUUUACAGCAUGCUUCAAAGCAAAACUGCUUAUCGUCUUUGUGCGAGAUAAAAAGUCCUAAUUUCGGAGUCAUGUACGAAUGAUAUGGUGGAUGAUGUGGUGGAUGAUGUGGUGGAUGAUGUGGUGGAAG